UAUCCUUAAAUUUGCAUUUAUAAAGUUAGUUAACAUACAAAUUACGUUUAGAGUUUGUAAUAAACGCCAAUUAACAAUUAACGCCCAGGAAUUAGUGAAGUGUGAAGUGAUAAUUGAUUGACGACGUUUCUCAGAUGGAUUCGUUCUAAUGGAAAUUACUGCUAAGUUAAUAAUAAGGAAAGAGGGUAAAUGAACUAUCCAAUCCCGGGUAUUUACUUACUGAUUAGUAUCGGUUUUGCGAUCGCCUGUAAGUUCAGAUUUAUUUGCACGUUGAAAUACGAGCUCUGCGUCUCUGGUAAUAUGAGACUUAUUCCCCUUUUUGCGAUUUAUGUUAUAUUGGGGCUAGUUUUCUGUGGAAAAGUGAGAGAUACCAGCCGAACGUUUUCCAUUCGACAGAAGCGCUUCCUUAUUUUUCAGGAAGGUGUAAAUUGGAUUCAGAUGGUUGUGGGUAUUGGUUUUCCAAUUGCUCUCCGCGAUGAGACCGUCACGUUAGGAGCGACAGUAAAAAGUUAUUAUCUGUUACCGACGAACAGUAAUGAUAUUACGAAUCCUACGAUCAAUAUCGAAGAUCGUAAGAGUCGGUUUCCUAACAGGUGGGAAAUUUAUGCGGCAAUAAGGAAUUUCAUGGAUAGAUUUAAUCAAGGAAAUGGAAAAACUUGUUUGUUAAGAGCAAUUUGCGAGAUAUCUUUCGCUCCUUUGAAUCAAAAAACUGGUUUAUUGCCAGAAAUGGUGCAGACUAUAUUGACGCCAUCCACCACGAAAGAGAGCAUUAGCCAGUACAGUGACGUUGAAUAUCAUGCGGCUGAAAAAUAUGGAAGACAGAAAUACAACUGUGAAAGGUUAUUUUCGGGGUGUAAUUUAUAUUUCUUUAAUCAAUUUACCAAAUUACUUUUGUAACA